AUGCUUGAUAAUCUGGGAAUAGAGGAGGGCGAGGACGACAUUGUCCCACUUCCUAACGUUCACUCGACAAUUUUGAAAAAAGUAAUUGAAUGGUCUACUUACCAUAAAGAUGAUCCUCCUGCUCCUGAAGAUGAUCCGAAUGUUGAGAAAAAGAUAGAUGAUAUCUGCAGUUGGGAUGCUAAUUUUCUUCAAGUGGAUAAUGCGACACUCUUUGAUUUCAUCGUGACAGCAAAUUAUCUUGACAUAAAGAGUCUUCUGGAAGCUUCCUGCAAAACUGUUGCUAAAAUGUUAAUAGGCAAAUCGUCCGAAGAAUUGCGCCGGACAUUUAAUAUCGAAAAUGACUUCACUGAAAGUGAUGAAGAACAACUUCAAAGGGAAAAUAAAUGGCUGGAAGAGAUGUGA